AUGGAGUCGAUUGGAAGACGAGGUAAGCGUAGCGGUAGCAGUUUGCUGCUAGUUAAUAUUUAAUAUUUAAUGAGGUGUUUCUCUACAGUAGCGAGAUAUUAAUUUUAAUAAUCGCGCUUUUAAUAAAUCGCAAAGACGCGGAUCGAUAAAAACUUCGCUAAAAAGUAUAUUCGCGAUGAAACGUCGUGUCCACGUUAAUUAAUUAAUCCCUGUCCGACGAAGAACAGAGUUUCGACUUCUCGUUUACACGACUUUCGAAGUACGUGUAAAAAUUGUACGUUAUUAAUUAAUAAUUGCAUGUGUAUUAUACGUAGGAAGAUGCGGCAAACGCCGAGUGGGUUGACGCAUCUCUCUCGGUCUAAACGACUCGGCUAAAGUCGAUUUCGAAAAAGGAAGCCGGCUAGUUAAGUUAAAAAUUAAAUCGGAAACUCGUGCGUAUCUGGCGGACGGCAGUGUCGAGAGCGGACACGGACUGCUUCACCUACUUUUUUUUCGCCGAGAGAAGAGCAGAGUUUCGGUAAAUCGGUCACAUCUCUUGAUCCUCGGGGAGCUGAAGAUUCUACACGGGAUCCUAAUCUGCGGCGAAGACAGCUGUAACUUGACGCACGGCUCGCUCCUUCCGGCAUAAGUUCCGGCGGAUUCUGCUCCCCGGACAAAGAAAAACCGAAAGGAAGGAAAGAGGAUGAGAGAAAUAAAAUAUUCUCUCCAGAGACUAUGCACAGCUGCGAGGGCACAUCAUGGCCAUCGUCGAGAGGAAGGAGCCGUAGCUCCGGAAUAUAAGGCGAGAGAGUUUAAGGUCGGGGCAGUUGCGCUUCGCUCGCCGGCGUAUCACUCUUUCACGCAGAGAUAUUUGCAAUUUGGAUCUGUGUUAAAAUGUUCGAUAAGCGUUUCAACCAAUAGUGCAAGGCCGUUGUUAGACUUUAGAGCAGUAGCUAUAGACAAGACCGUGAUACGUCUAAGCGUAGCGAUGCAAUUGCGUCUUGCUUGGCAAAUUGGUGACGGAACACUGCACUUUGAGGAGGUGCGUCUAAUGCAAUUGAACAUCAAGAAUGAGCGGAUACCCAUAUGCAGCAGAGAAGCAGGAGAGAGGCAUCCUCUUUAUCUAAUUCCACGCUGCCAGCCACUGAUCAGAGCCACAAGAUCAAAGAUUGCGCACUGUCUUGACUUGCACUGUCAGAAAGCUUGUCUUGCUGUCUUGCUCGCCUUUUCGCACAAGGUUUUUCCAUAUCCGAGGAAAGACACACAGACGACGCACAGACGCACACCGACAGCCGCAAGUCCCUGCAGGUUAGGAACAAUGACUCAAGGGGAAUCGAGUGCUAGGAUAUUUUCGCACAUCAGCCAAGUUUCGUCUCGCUUUCGUCAGAGGACAAGCAGCGAGCAGCAACCGAGACGGGAUGGCGAGAGAAGGGGCGGCAGAGAGGGUUGGAAACGCCGAGGUAAAUGCGGUUGCCACGAGGCGGACGGCCAAGGGAAUCAUAAUUCGGGAUAUCGCGUCGAGUUUAGUUGCAACUUGCGAUCCGAACGUCAGUGCUUCCAAUGUGAUACGAAAUUCGCAGCAACUACGCCGAGAAACAGCUCGGAAAGCUUUCGAACCUCCUCUGCCGUCCGAUAG